GCUGCUGUCGUCUGUUUUUUUUCUUAUCAGAAAGCAUAAACGUCAAAGUAUGUGUUUGUGUACAGGAAUUCUUUUGAACGAUUUCUUAUAAAUUAUCUAUAGUUAUUUGAUUCCACCUGAAUUGACGUGAAAAUCCACCUUCAGUUAAACAUUUGUUUUUGCUAACACUAUGACUACAAAUGCAUGUGAAUUUCAUCGUGAAGUUUGUGCAACUAAUUAAAUUAAUCGAUUAUGUAAGCUGAUAGCGCUGUACACGGCUAUACACAAAAGAUAAAGGACAGCUGGCCGCACCCGGGCUACACAGCCCACCAAACGAAAAAUGUUGCCGCGAAUUUGCAUCAAGUUCAAAUUGAAAUAUAUUGUCUCGGUGGCACUGGCGGUUCUAAUGCUGGAGUACUUUGGUGCGUUCACCCACAUGUUCGAGGCUGAUUUUGAACGAACCUUCAGCUACCCUAUGGAGGGUGACAUUCUGUCCAAUGUGUACCAACUGCGGCAUCGGCAGCGCCCAGCCGUGGACCCAAUCAAUACAUAUAACUAUAGCUUCAUCAGCGAUUGCCAGCACAAGUGCAAGGAGGACGAUCGGAUGAUUGCUCCGCGGUUGGUGCUAAUUAUUAAAUCCGCUAUGGAAAAUUUUGACCGCCGGGUGGCAAUCCGUAAGAGCUGGGGAUGGGAGAAGCGUUUCUCGGAUGUGAAGAUUAGGACAGUUUUUCUGCUGGGGCGUCCGGCGGAACCUAAUCGGCAACUGCAAUCGUUGAUUGAUUUGGAGUACGCAAACUACCGAGAUCUGGUACAGGCGGAUUUCGUCGAUGCUUAUUUCAAUAAUACUAUUAAAACAAUGAUGGGCUUCCGAUGGGCUGUUGCCCACUGUCCCCGUGCCAAGUUCUACAUGUUCGCCGAUGAUGAUUUUUAUAUUUCAACGAAAAAUUUGCUCAAAUACGUCCGGAAUCCGGUCAACUAUCCGGAGUAUCUGGAGGAAACGGAUGAGGCCCUGCGCAAAUUGGCACGCCGUUUGAGUCAAACAACGAGUAACAACAACAGUUCACAAAUACAGGAAGCAGCAGGAAAUUCUUCGGAAAAAGUACCGCCGCAUGGACGACGCUCGAAGCGACAGAUUUUGAACAUGGACAUGGAACUACCCAAUGAUGUCAAAUUGUUUUCGGGUUUUGUGUUCCGAUCGGCGCCUCAUCGGCAUCGCAGCAGUAAGUGGUACGUGUCCCUAAAAGAGUAUCCGUGGGAUAUGUGGCCUACAUACGUGACUGCUGGAGCGUUUCUCUUGUCCCAUGAAGCGCUGUUUGAGAUGUAUUAUGUCAGCAUGUACACGAGGCACUUUAGAUUCGACGAUAUCUAUUUGGGAAUCGUGGCUCUCAAGGCCGGAAUAGAACCGUUACACUCGGAGGAGUUCUAUUUCCACAAGGCACCUUUCUUGGGUCCACAAAGUUAUAAGUAUGUUCUGGCCAGCCACGGAUACGACGAUCCGGAGGAGUUGGUGAAAAUUUGGAACGAAGUCCGGGCAGCCGGUUAUGCCUGAACGAAAUUACAUAUACCAAAUCAAUGAGCUGUGAAUCACAACCCCACAAGUGGUAGCAAAUUGACACUAACCGUACGAACCGCGACAGUCGCGUUACCCCUGUUACAGGCAGAGUCCAACGAACAUCAGAUCAAUUUUGCAUUGAUAUAAAACUUUUUUGAUAGCGUUUUCUUUGCAUUUAUGAUAGUAUAACUGCAUCGUAGAGUUCAUCAUAGAAGUCAAAUUCUGUUGUGAUUAGAUCUUCGAAAGUCGGCUAAAGACUUUAAUUAGACUGAUGCGUGAUAAGCGGAUAAAACAACGGAGACAUUUAUAAAGUUCCACUAGAAUAGUAGAUCUUAUGUAAAUUUACCAA